AGACAUUAAUGACUUCACUCUAACUUUAAACAUGUUAUAUUUGACAUCAGCUGAGAUCAAAUCAAAUUUAUCCAAAAUAAUUGUCUUUGUUUCAGUCUUUAUUUUUCAUUAAAAUAAUCCUGAUUUUAUAUUUAAUUCUUUCUAUUCCACUGUUUUGAUUUAAAAAACAAUCUCUUGUUCUUGUCUUCAGCACCUCGGACAGCGACCUCCCUGAUAGGCUGCAGCGCCUCCGCGGCCAAUGGCAGCAACAGCAGCAGCAGCAGCAGCCGCAGCAGCAGCCGCAGCCCUCCCGCCGCAGCCAAUCAGAGGGCGACGUUCUUCUCCCGCAUCCAACCCGAAUAACUGCGGAUGCCCGUAUGAAGCCGCAUCUAUUUUUGGACGACGUCGUGGCCAUUUUCCUGCCCAGCUCUUCUCCUCCACGGCGUUUCCAUGUGCCGUGACCUGUGUCUGCUGGAUCUGCAGCAGCUUCGUCACGUCACUACAGCGGAGACACGUCGACGACCGUGUAGAUUCUUUCACACCUCAAUGGAAGACGUCUUCCCGCGGUCGGGAGUCGAACUCACCCCGCGGUCGUCCGGCAUCGGCGUCGACGUCGACGAGCGGAGGACUUCUGUGUGCAUGAGUAUUUGAAAAGGAAAGAAAGACCGAAAGCAGGAGCUCCCGUCGGUCUUCACCGCUGGAGGUCUUCAUCGUCAGGGUCCGAUCCGUUUCACGGCCUGGACCCCGUGUGUGUGUGGAAACCAGCGAGCCGAACCGGUGGAAAGCUCGGUGCCAUUCAUGGAUCUCACCGAGAGAAACACAUGAUAUGAAGGUUUGACCUCCUCCUGAAGUGACGCUCUGAUCUCCUCACUCCAUCACAAGAGCUUCCCCUCAAACGUCUCCUCACUCCACGCUGUCGCCGUCCUUAGAAAGGCAUCAUGGGUACGGUGUUGUCAUUGUCCCCCAGCUACCGGAAGGCGGCGCUGUUCGAGGAUGGCCCGGCCACUGUGGGCCACUACACCGCCGUCCAGAACAGCAAGAACGCCAAGGACGCCGCCGCCGCCGCCAAGUCCCUGAAGCGGCCUUCCAUCAUCAACGCGCUGCCCUGGAAGAGGAUCGUUGCCGUGUCAGCGAAGAGGAAGGGCUCCAAGAAGCUGCAGUCGGACGGUGGCGACGGCGGCAAAGGCAGCUCACCGGACGGUCACGCCACCGCGGACUCCGCCUCCAACAGCCUGAAGCUGAAGAAAUCUCAGUCCUGCGCCAACCUCUCCUCCUUCACGUCCAGCCAGGACCCCUCGGCCACCACCACCACCACCAGCACCUCCACCACCUCGGCCCACCUGCCCACCUCCAAGACCCUGGCUAAUGUAGCCACUGUCGCUGUCAAAAAGAACUCCCUCACUGGGUCUGUGCUCCAGCCGUCCACUGCAGCGGGCACGCCCAAACGGGUCAUAGUGCAGGCCUCCACCAGUGAGCUGAUGCGGAGCCUGGGGGAGUUCCUCUGCCGCCGCUGCUAUCGUCUGAAGCGUCUGUCUCCCACAGACCCGGUCCUGUGGUUGCGCAGCGUGGACCGCUCCCUCCUCCUGCAGGGCUGGCAGGACCAGGGCUUCAUCACUCCGGCCAACGUGGUCUUUCUCUACAUGCUGUGUCGUGACGUGGUCUCUGCCGAGGUGGCGUCGGAGCGGGAGCUGCAGGCCUCGCUGCUCACCUGCCUCUACCUGUCCUACUCCUACAUGGGCAACGAGAUCUCCUACCCGCUCAAGCCCUUCCUGGUGGAGACGGAGAAGGAGGCCUUCUGGGACCGCUGCUUGGAGAUCAUCAACCGCAUGAGCGCCAAGAUGCUGCAGAUCAACACCGACCCGCACUUCUUCACCCAAGUCUUUGCUGACCUGAAGAACGAGAGCAAGAAGGAGGAGGAGAAGACCAAACUCCUCAUAGGUCUGGAUCGAUAGGAAGGAGGCGCCGGAGGCCGGAGGCCGGAGGAGGGCACGCUGGGGUCGGACCUUAGUUUGAGCAUCGAUGUUGCUACUUUAAAAAUGUUAGUUCAUGAAAUAUUUCAAUUUCUUAUUUUUAACCCAGAACAAAGUUUUAUGGUUGGAGCCAAACACGAGGGUGAGAAAGAAGAAGCUUUAAAGAUCCACGAGGUUUGAACAACUGAAUAUAUUGGUGAGAAAUAGAAAUAUAAAAUAUAAAAUAUAAAAUAUAAAAUAUAUCCUGUGAAGACAUUCAGACCUG